GUGGCGCCGCGGCGCCGCUCGCAUCCAGCAUCCAGCCGCAGAGCAUCAGCUAAUCCCACGUACUGGGACGGAGGGCGUCCGUCGAGCGCUCCUAACGGCGCUGUUUGCCAUUAAUAAGAAACAAAGUGAUAGAAUAAUUAAUGGUGAUUCACCGGUUCACCGCAUGAAUUUAUUUUUUAUUAACAAGAAGCGCUGAAAGGAGAGAUGUCGGCGAAUUUGAACCCCUCCGCCGGGUACAACUUGAACGCGACGCAGAACGGAGGCGCAGCUCCUCCCUGCCAGAACGGCCCUGGACAGACAUACCCGUCCGUGUACCAUGCCGCAGGGUAUUACAGCUCCCAUCCGCAGAGCUACCCUCCUGUAAUGGGCCAGGGCCCCGCCCCCUCCGGCAAAGCCCCCGUCAUGAACAGCCAAUACCACCCCAGUUACUACCACAACAGCCACCCCCAGCCAGUUCAGCCCACUGUCAGGGCUGGCCCCCCCGUGUAUGAUGCAGCCCAAACGCAGGUUUCCCAGUCUUGCAGUGCCACCGGCGCCCCCCCCUCCAGCGCUCACCAUGCCCCCCAGCACCCGCCACCAUUUAAGCCGCUGACUAGCUACCCGGCCCCCUACUACGCACCAUACCCCGCCUCUCAGGGACUUGCAGCCACAGCUGCUUCGUCCGCUCCACUAUACCCCGUGGCCUCAUACUCCUCAGCACCAGGGGCCAACCAGUAUAGCACGGUGCGUUCCUCGCAGGCCCCCCAGGCCCAGCUGUACCAGGGCCCCCCGGGAAUUGGAGCCCCUCCCACGGCUGUUUCAACAGCCCCCUGCACCUAUGCCAGGCCCCCGAGCGGCCCCCAAGUGGCUGUCAACGGCCAGGUUAGCGCAGUUUCGUCUCCUGUUCUUCAGCACUAUGACCAGACUCAGCCAGUUGUGACCCAGUCCUACAAAGCCCUCGAUGGUGAUGGUGCUGGGGAGAGACCACCAUCAGGAACUCCUUCCAAUUCCGUGCAUUCUUCUCCAGGCCAUCAUCCUGGCCCGCAAUACGGAUAUGUUGCUAAUAGCGGAGGUAGGUCGUCCACAGCCGCCCCCUCGUCAUCGAGCUCCGAUGAUGAGGACGAUGAGGAGGAGGAGGAUGAGGAAGCAGGGGCUGACAGCUCCACCACAGGCAGCAGCUCCCCCGUCCCCAACAACUACGAGUCCCUGGAGGAUGGAAGCUACCCAGACUCCUCCUCGCUUCCCCCGCCGCCGCCUUCGUCCAAAGCGGUCCCACCUUUCGGCUACAGUUACCCCAACCUCCACCCGGCUUACCAGCAGAAACCAGCCAGCAGAACAGACACCACACCCUCUUACGGUGGAUGCAACCCACCUGGAUAUCAGCCAUUUUCGCAGCCCUUCCCCAACAUGUCCCAGCUGUCCACCGCGCUGGGGGGGCUCAGCGGGGUGCCUGAGCUACAGGUGGAAGGGCUGCGGCCGGUGAACCUGCUGCAGGAGAGGAACAUCCUGCCCCCAAGCCCCCUGCCUGACCCCGAGCCCAACCUGAGCGCUGACCUCAGGAAGGUCAACUGCAGCCCAGACACGUUUCGAUGCACCCUGACCAACAUCCCCCAGACCCAGGCCCUAUUGAACAAAGCCAAGCUUCCCCUGGGCCUGCUGCUGCACCCUUUCAGAGAUCUAACGCAGCUGCCGGUCAUAACGUCCAACACCAUCGUCCGGUGUCGCUCCUGCCGAACCUACAUCAACCCAUUCGUGACUUUUCUGGACCAGAGGCGCUGGAAAUGUAACCUCUGCUACAGAGUCAAUGACGUUCCUGAUGAGUUUAUGUACAACCCCGUGACCCGUUCCUACGGAGAGCCCCACAAGAGGCCGGAGGUACAGAAUUCCACGGUGGAGUUUAUCGCCUCCUCGGAUUACAUGCUCCGCCCCCCUCAGCCUGCCGUCUACCUGUUUGUGCUGGACGUUUCCCACAAUGCAGUGGAGACUGGCUACCUGACCAUCUUCUGCCAGUCCUUGCUAGACAACCUGGAUAAGUUACCAGGCGAUACCCGCACCCGGCUGGGCUUCGUCACCUUCGACAGCACCAUCCACUUCUACAACCUGCAGGAGGGUCUGUCGCAGCCGCAGAUGCUGGUCGUCUCUGACAUUGAAGAUAUCUUCCUCCCCACCCCCGACAGCCUGCUGGUUAACCUGAAGGAGAGCAGAGAGCUGGUAAAAGAUCUCCUGAGCUCCCUGCCCGGAAUGUUCACCCACACCAGGGAGACCCACAGCGCCCUGGGCCCCGCCCUGCAGGCCGCUUACAAGCUCAUGUCCCCCACGGGCGGCCGCGUCUCCGUAUUCCAGACCCAGCUGCCCACCCAGGGGGCUGGCCUUCUGCAGUCCCGGGAGGACCCCAACCUGAGGUCCAGCACCAAGGGAGUUCAGCACCUAGGCCCUGCAACGGACUUCUACAAGAAACUGGCACUGGACUGCUCCGGCCAGCAGAUAGCUGUGGACCUGUUCCUGCUCACCUCCCAGUACUCAGAUUUGGCCUCGUUAGCUUGUGUGGCCAAAUAUUCAGCUGGAAGCAUCUAUUACUACCCGUCGUUCCACCACGUCCACAACCUGCCGCAGCUGGAGAAGUUCCAGAAGGACCUGCAGAGAUACCUGACCAGAAAGAUCGGCUUCGAGGCAGUCAUGCGGAUACGCUGUACUAAAGGCUUGUCAAUCCACACGUUCCACGGGAAUUUCUUCGUCCGUUCCACGGACCUGCUGUCCCUGGCUAACGUCAACCCCGACUCUGGCUUUGCUGUGCAGAUGUCCAUCGACGAGAGCCUGGCCGACACGUCGCUCACCUGCUUCCAGGCCGCGCUCCUCUAUACCUCCAGCAAAGGGAAGCGCCGGAUCCGCGUGCACACGCUCUGUCUGCCCGUCGUGAGCCAGCUGAGCGACGUGUUCGCGGGCGCCGAUAUUCAGGCCGUCACUUGCCUUCUAGCUAACAUGGCCAUCGACCGAUCAGUGUCCUCCAGCCUGUCGGAUGCCAGGGAUGCCCUGGUCAAUGCUGUCGUGGACUCCCUGUCUGCGUACCGCAACACCUCGAACCUGCAGCCCGCAGGCCUGGUGGCCCCUAGCGCCUUGCGGCUCUUCCCCUUAUACGUGCUGGCGCUGCUCAAACAGAAAGCCCUGCGCACGGGCACCAGCACCCGCCUGGACGACCGCGUCUUCGCCAUGUGUGAGUUCAAGAGCCAGCCGUUACAGCACGUAAUGCGCUUAGUGCAUCCCAACCUGUACCGUGUGGACAACCUGUCUGACCAGGGGGCGCUCCACCUAAAUGACCGCAUGGUCCCCCAGCCGCAGCUCCUCCAACUCACAGCCGAGAAGCUGACCAGGGAGGGCGCCUUCCUGAUGGACUGUGGCAGCCUGCUGUACCUGUGGGUAGGAAAGUCCUGCAGUGAGCCUUUCAUAAGAGACGUCCUUGGCUGCCCGGACCACUCGUCCAUCCCACAGAAUAUGUCCCAGAUCCCGGAGCUGGACAACCCUUCUUCAGCGAGGAUGAGGACGUUCCUCAGCUGGCUGCAGGAGUCACGCUCCUUUUGGCCGGUUCUUCAUGUCGUGAAGGAUGACGCUUCCGCCAAGACCAGCUUCUUCCAGCACUUGGUGGAGGACCGGACGGAGUCGGCGUUCUCCUACUACGAGUUUCUCCUCCACAUCCAGCAGCAGAUGUCCAAGUAGGAGGCCCCGGGCACACCGGAGCCCUCGGCGCAAAGCUAGUAGUAUCUUCACAGCACCUGCUGCGUGACCCAUGUUUAGCGGGAGACCUCCACUUGACUUUCCUAGGGUAGAACUACAGAAGCGACAGCAGCCCGCCCCUUCCUUCCAGUCCACCAAUCGGUGAUGGUGAGCGUGUGGACGGGGGGAGGGGGGAAGAGAUGACGACGGCCGGGAUUGGCCGUGGGUCUUGCACCGUCCUGUGGCGCCUCUGAGUGCGCGUUAAGGAGCUUGUUUACCGGUUUCCUGUCUGUGCUGCUGACCAGUCCCCUCUUGCUGGACCCGUGGGCCUGUGCUGGAGCGAGAGGAGCGAGGAAGCGGAGCAUCGCGUCACGUCAUGCCGAGAAGGGCCCCCCCCUCCCCCCCCGCAUGAUGUCACGCUUCACCACGUUUGUGACCCGUGUUCCCUUCCAUCUUUUGAUUUUUUAUUUUUUUUUUUUUUAUUAUUAUUUUGUUUUUGGAUAUACAUCAUUGAACAAACAUCCGACAUCUCUAUGCUAACCAAGACACUCCACCCAUCCCAUCAGAUGCCGCUCAAGAGUGGUGGUGCCCCCUUUCUGCCCAGAGAAACUCCUCCUCCCCGCCCCGCCCGCGUGCUCGGGCGAAACUAGUUCAUGUAACAUCCCUCUUUUUUGGGCAGUAUGAGCAGUUUUUCCCCACUUUGUAAUUCUCUUUUGUGUAAGAUUAUUUAUGAUCUGCUUAUUAAAUAAAACAAAGGUAUUUUGCUUGA